AUGGAUUUCACCAACCCUCUGCAGUCUCCAACCAUCUUCAUCAGCGACGAUAGCGACUCAUCCGCACCGCCAUACCCCGGUCGAUACGUUGACGAGCCGGGACUUCUUUCCCCCUCCCCCGGCUCGCCCUUCUUCUCACCCUCUCGCACCAUGUCUACUGAUGGCGAUUCCGAGGAGGCGGGCGCCGCUCCCCCCGGGCCCAGUCCCUUCAAUUUCCAGACGCAGGUCAUCUCGACCUCCCCAGUCAAGUCGAACAUCGGCCAACGACGAGGCCACAGAUACAAGCAUAGUAGCAUCUCAGCGCAGCAUCAAAUCUUUCAAGAGCCACCCCCGAGACCACCACCAGUCGUCCCCGCCUCGCUGCCGAUACCGACUCUCACCGAGGCAUGGAAGAGCAUGCAGAAGGACCAGCGCACCAGGUUGUACUGGAGCCUUUGCCACCUUGGCGUCGCUGUCUUCAUUUUCUUCCGAUCGGAGGGCUCGCUUGCCUCCAUGGCCUUGUCGCAUCUCGUCUUCUUCGACGCCGGCAGUGCCGCCGUCUGUGCCGCCGUCGAAGUUCUUGGGAACUUUGAGGUGUGGCGAAGGAGCAGCAUGAGGCAUCCCUUCGGCCUCGAACGAGUCGAAGUCCUCGCCGGCUUUGCCCUCUCCAUCUUUCUGCUCUUUGGAGGCUUCGACCUCGUGUCGCACAAUCUAAAGCACCUCCUCGAAUCCAUCGGAGAUCACGAAGCCCACCACGAGCACCUACACGAGCGCGUUCCUGCGGGCACCAUCGAUCUCGUCGCCGCGGUUGCCAUCGUGAGCACCCUCGUCUCCGCCUACGGGCUGAGGAACCAUGCGCGCAUAGCCAAAGUCAUGAGAGUCUCCUACCUCGCCGCCAUGCCGAGCGUUUUGUCCAACCCCUUCCAUUUCUUAACCCUCUUCUUCUCCGUACUCAUCGCCUUGCUCCCUUUCUUUUCCAUCUUUCUCUACACUUGGCUAGACCGGUUGAUUUGCGCCGUCAUCGCUGUUGCCAUGUUCAGCCUGGGAACGAGAGUUGCCAUUGCUCAAGGCCUCAUGCUCCUCAUGUCAUAUGGCGGUAACAACGGCAGCGCUGGUGUCUCAUUUGUCUUGCGCGAGAUCGAGUCAGAGUCUGCCGUCGAGCGCGUGGAUGAGGCGCAGUUUUGGCAGGUCCACUACAGCCUCUGCAUGGCCAACCUCAAGAUCAGCAUUUGCAAGGGAUAUGAUGAGACGUCGUUGAUGAAGUUGCGGAAUCGGAUCUCGUUGUUGAUUCAGAACCGCCUGGGGGAAGGUUAUGGCACCGGAGGGAAUAUUCGAUGGGAGGUGACUCUGGAAAUGAGGUCGGAUGCUGGCACCUGA